GACAUCUGUUGAGUGAGACUGGAGUUACUGGUCAGCAUGGCGCUCCGCAGAGGAGCAUGCGACUCAUCAUCUUCAGGCAACGUGGAACUGCGAGUAUUAGUUGGAUGAUGCAAUUCUGAGUGGUUUUAUUCACAAGAUCGACUUGAACUUGUUUGAAUUCACGAUAAUUCCAAAGCUUCGACGAUGGCUGCUUUUUUGGACGUGUUGAGAUACAUCUGGAGGACGUUCUUCAUCAUUGUGAACAAUUUCUAUUGCAUUCCAGCAUAUGUUGUGUGGUUAUGGUUGUUAACACCGGUGUACCUCUUGUGCCCUGAUGUCUAUUAUGCCUGGGAAGGAAUUCUGUUCGAAUGGCUCCUUGCACAAGUUGCUGUCUGGUCGUGGUCUGCUGGCUAUCAUGUGUAUGAGAUGGGAGAUGAUGUGUCGGACAUUCUUCAAGAGAAAACCCUGCUCAUGGCCAAUCACCAGUCUACGUCAGAUGUGCCACUGAUGAUGAACUACUUCACUUCAAAAAGAGGAACAACUAGACAUGUUAUGUGGAUCAUGGACAAACUCUUCAAGUUCACCAACUUUGGGCUUGUAUCUGUUCAUCAUGGGGACUUCUUCAUUGUAUCUGGUAAGGAUGAGAGAAAUGCUUCACUGUCACUCCUGAGGGAACACCUGAGCACCACCUACAAAGUACGUGAUAGGAAGUGGUUAAUACUCUUUCCUGAAGGAGGCUUCCUCAGGAAAAGAAGAGAGAUGAGUCAGAGGUAUGCAGAGAAAAAUGGUUUACCUGUGUUAGAACAUGUUGCACUUCCCCGUGUUGGAGCACUGGAAGUGGUUUUGGAGACUCUUCAUUCUGGUUCAAAGCUGAAGAACAACCUCAGUAAACAAGGAGCCACUAAUCUGGAGGGAAUUCAAUGGAUUGUAGACUUGACGAUUGGCUACCAGGAGGCCAAACCCCUUGAUCUGGGAGUGAUUGUCACAGGUGCUCACCCUCCAUGUAAAAUUGUCUUCCAUUUCCAACGUUUUCACAUUGACGAGGUACCCAGUGAUCAAGAAGGUCUCACAAAGUGGAUAAUAAACCUCUAUGCUGAAAAGGAGAAACUUCUCAGGCAAUUCUAUGAAACUGGUGCCUUCCCAAAACCUGUUGAAAAUUUGAAUUGGAAAGUGAUCCCAACUCCUCGUCUUGUCAAACACAAUCUUCUUUAUUUCAUCGUGCUGCAUCUCUUCUACAUUUUCUCUACUGUCUUGCAAUGGAAGUUGUUUCAAUGGCUUUGGAGCUUCCUUUGAUGAUUUGAUUGCCCUGCUCCAAAGCCAAAUAGCCCUUAUGCAUUUGCAUUAAUCAGGGAGGAGACCUGCAGCUAUUUAACAAUAUCAAAUAAUGUCUCAGCUUUUCUAGCCAGUAGAAGGGGGUCAAUUGUUUACUUCCCUGUUAUUUAUUGUCUAUUAAGUUAAGUAUAUGUGGUUUUAGGUUGAGUAUAGUUUAAAAAUUAUGACUAUACUGAGCUUCAGCUGGUAAAAGUUGUCUGGGAUAUAUGGCACUUAUGUUAGUCUUAUAGAUUGUAUAAAAAUGUAUUUUCAUAGCUCUCCUGUGAGAGGGAGGGAAUUGGGUGGGGUU